AUGCAGUGGACAUACCUUCUCGUCGCCCUCCUCCUCCAGCUUCCCUUCGCCCGCGUGCUCUUGGACUGGGCCAGUUUUGGUAGCACGUCCCAUCCGCGAUCGCUAAGCGAGAAGAAGGCGAUGGCCAUUGCCUUUGUACAGGAGCAGCUUGCGACGCAUGCGGUGCCGGGUCUCGGCGUCUCGAUCGUUUACCAAAACGAGACGAUUCUAGCUCAAGGGUUUGGUACCAAAGAGUUUGGCAACGCCGCGAACGUCGUGACGGAAAACACGCAAUUUCAGAUUGGGUCGUUCACCAAGACGUUUAUCGCGCUCGGGAUUGCCAAGCUGGUCGACGAAGGCCGCUUGAGCUGGGACGACCCGGUCCAGCGCCGUCUGCCGUGGUUUCAGCUCGUCGACAAGUACGCCGAGCAGUAUACAACGCUUGGCGACCUCGCAGCCAUGAACUCGGUCUUUGCAACCAACGAAGCCGAAGUCGCAUGGACGAUGCACGUGCAACCGGAUGAAGUCGGCGCUGUCAAGGUGCUGCGUAGCUACGUCACGUCGCGUCCGUUGCGCGCCGGGUACGCGUACGCCAACAUCAACUAUGUCAUUCUCGGCCAAGUGCUGGCGCACGCAACCAACAUGUCGUGGCCUGCGUACCUUCACAAAACCUUCUUCCAGCCGCUCCACAUGACCCACACGUACAGCAGUGUCCCGGACGUCCCGCAGAAUGGCAGCGACCUCUCGUUCGGCCACGUCAUCUGUAACGGCGAAGUGGCUGGACCGUACGAUCUACGGACGUCCAUCGAAACGUUCAGCAGCUACCAAAACGCAGCGUUUGCCGCGGGCUCGAUCGUGUCGACACCGGCCGACUUGGCCAUUUUCUCGAAAUUUCUCCUCGCAAAAGGGGCUGGCAUCUUCUCCUCGCCGCAUGCGGUCGAGACACUGAUCACGGGCCACGGCAUCCAAACCAGCGUUGUGCCCGGCGCACCAGGGGUCGGCUACACGUACCACGCGGACGGCGGCGUCAUGGCGGCGGGCUACGGCUUUGACGUCGUCGGCAACGUCAUGUUUGGCCACAAUUACUUUGACAAGGGCGGCGACAUGGUGGCAUUUCGAACGCGCAACGGCUUCCUCCCGGACGACGCGCUCGGUGUCGUGCUCUUGAGCAACGCCAAGGCCAUGGGCGGGCCCGUGGCCGACACGUACAUGCUCGAUCGUAUGCGCGCGUACCUCAUUGGCCUCUUCCUCGACGUUCCGGAAGCCACGCUCCAGGCCAACCUCGCCGCUGAAAUCGCCUUUGCCAACGCUCGCCGACCACCGGGUGCGUGUCAUCCGCAUGUCUUUGGCGGGAAGCCGUGGAGCGCGAUGACAGAUCCCUUGCCAAUCGCGACCCAAGACGCCCUUGUCGGCACGUAUGUGGCCAACGUAUCCGCUGACGCGUACGGCAAUGUCACGUUGAGUCGGGUGCAGAACGAGCUUGUGAUGCGCUACGGCGUCUACACGGCUCCACUGUAUGCGAUGCGUGGGGCGCCCUACUUCUUUUGGGCCUUUGGGUUGAGUGGCGCACCGAUCAUGAUCAACAGACUCGAUACGUCGUCGCCGACGCUGGAUCUGGGCGUGCCGUUUGUCAAGACGACAUAA